ACAAAAUGUCAAAUAUCUCAACGGUAAUUAAAAUAUCCUCUCUAUUUCUUUCUCUCUCUGCCUUCCAUUACUAUUAUCAUCCACUUGCUGAGAUUCCCCACUAGAAAGAAAGAAGCAUACGAUUCUCUCCUAUCAUCUUCUCCUUCGAUUCCCUCCAAACAUGGAAGCCCUGAUUCACCACUUCACUCUCCUCUCCGACCAAGCCCUUGUCGACAAAACAUUCGACCCUGCCACGAUCGAAGACCUCAUGCGCCUCUUCGAAGUCGAUUCCUACAAGGCUUGGGCAGCUCUCGAAGCCGAGCAACAACAACAGCUAGAAGCCGCUGAAGAAUCGAUCCGUGAAGCCGAAGCUGAACUCGAUCGGGAUAUGGAGUGGGGGAUGGAGGAGUACAGGCGGACGCUGGAGGAGAUGGAGAGGAUGGAGGCGGCGGAGCUUAAGGAGCUUGAGGAGAAGGCGGAGACUGCUCGGAGAACGGGGAAUUUAUUGGAGAAAGCUGCUACCAUCGCCGCGAAAAGGCAUAUUGCGGCGGCGAUGGGAUCAGCUGCUGCCUCGAUGAGAUCUGCUUGGAAGACUGCAUCUGGGAACAAAGUUCAUCCUUCUUGAUCGGAGAAUAUGUUCGGUGGGUAGUGAUUGUGAUACAUGAUAAUUAUUAACGAUGAUAAUCAAUGCAUGGUCCAUGUAUUAGGACUGUUAGGUGAUGCGUUAUGUCGAUGGUGCCAAAUUGGACUAUACUUUAUUAUAUAAUUAUUUCCUUUUAUAAACUUAUCCGAAGAGCUCUAUUUUCAAUAUGAAAAAUUAGAGGAUGUUACUGAGA